AUGGAGCGCGUCGAACCGAAACCAUCGAAAGUGGAUUCCCGCAAGUCAUCUCCAUCCGCCGGCGGUCGGCCAACGUCAUCCAACGGUGCAAUGGCCACGCAAACGGGUGGUAAAGCUAGAUCGAAACCGAAACCUGCGAAGGGUUCCGGCCACUGGCAGGCACUGGCUAAAUCGGGUGAACUGACGCACGGAAGGACCACGCUUACCCUGGGCCAUGGGUGCGUCCUGCUGGCGGUACUACUCGUCGGCAUGUUCGGGCUUUCGGCAAGCCUGCUCGCUUACGUCGACCGCCGAUUGCCACCGGUUGACGCUGGUCAAACGGUACCCAGCGGGGACGAACUGCGACACCAGGUUGAGGCGAUCGUGCGCGAGUACUGGACGAGCAACAUCGAUAGGUUCAGUGCGGAUCUGCUGGCGCACGUGGGACAACCCGAACUUAGCACGUCAUUGCCUUACAUAGUAGCGAAUCAGAGAGUACAAAACGAACGCAAGCAACCGUUCCGGGAGGGACCGGGCCGACCCAGGCGCGAUCUUACCAAGUUCGACGAUAAUCUCGUACCGGAUCAGGAAGGGCCCCGGGUGGAGUUCUUCAACCCGAAGAUGCGAUCGGAACUCGAGAAGAGGGACGCCGAGAUCAUCAAAAAGACGGGCCAAAAGGGUGCCGCCCCGGGCGGUGACAGCUGGGUUUGGUUGACGAGCUACUCUCGCAUACCGUUCGAUGCCAUCACCGGGUUCUGCCGAGCGACGAAGGAGUACUGCCCACCAGGACCACCGGGGCUGCCAGGAAUCCCGGGUCCAAAGGGUAACCGCGGUGACCCGGGUCUACCAGGACCCCACGGAGUUGACGGUCGGGAAGGAAAACCGGGUCCACGUGGUCCUAAGGGUGAAAUCGGUUACCCAGGCAACCCUGGGCUGGAUGGACGCGACGGUGUGCCAGGUGAACCGGGACUAGACGGUGUGCCAGGUCGAGCUGGAGCCGAUGGGAUCCCUGGUAAAGAUGGGAAGGAUGGCAUUCCCGGAAUCGACGGACGGAACGGCAUCGACGGGAAGGAUGGACUUGCCGGACCGAUCGGACCACUGGGACCACCAGGACAGCUUGGUCCACGAGGAAUCUCCGGACCAAAAGGCAAACAGGGCCGACCAGGAACGAAUGGAACGCCCGGCACGCCCGGCAUCAACGCGUGGAAGGUGAAGGUGAACGAUACCUUCUCGAACGAACUGCUCGUGCCACCGUCGAUCGCCGGUGCCGGAACAGUGGAAGCCCUGCGGCCCAUCAUCGUGCACGAAGGGACACACCUGCGGUUGCGAUGCGCUGCCACCGGUACACCACGGCCACACGUCGAGUGGCGCCGAGCGGAUGGAAAAACCAUCUCAAACGGUGCCUGGGAGGCGACCUCGAUGGCCGGACAUACGCUCAACAUCACGAAAAUCAAUCGCGUGCACAUGGGCGCGUACCAGUGCCUGGCGGACAAUGGCAUCUCCCCACCGGCGAACCAGACGUUCAACAUCGAAGUGCAUUUCGCUCCGUUGAUACGCGUCCGGAACCAAAUGGCGUACGCCAUGAACGGCUCGACGGUGACGUUCAUCUGUGAGAUUGAGGCGUUCCCGGAGGCCGUGAAGUACUGGGAACGGUUCCCUGGAGGGCGGCUGCUCGAGCCCGGUGAUAAAUUCCAGAUGGAAACCCUUUACGACGGGUACAAAUCGGUCAUGCGGUUGAACAUCACCAACAUCCGGCCGGGCGAUUUCGGUGAGUAUCACUGCGUGGCGAAGAACGAACUCGGCAUGACCGAGGCCGAAUUCCACCUGAUGGAGCACUCGCCGUUCAUCAUCCGGCCGCCGGGCUCGACUGACAUUAACGUGUACGGCACAAAGCCACCGGAGAAGGAAUCGUACGAGGACAUCUGUGGCCCACCAACGACCUGCCCCGAGUGUCCGGAUCCAAGGGACUUCAAAUGCAAGGACACGAUCGUGUCGCUGUACGACCUGGUCGGUAACCUGGAAAUCAAACCCAUCGGGAACGUGAGCUUCACCGGGCUGCCGAACAGGACGACGGAUUGUGUCCUGUACGCCGUCGGCAAACCGGUCUACCACAAAUACACCGAGCAGCUGUACGGGUCCUGGCUGAAGGAUCCCGCCGCCCGGAACGACGCGAUGGAGAAGAAGCUGUGGGCCACGAGGGAAAACGACACCAAUCGGCUGUUCGAGUUCACCAACAAGACCACGUACCGGAACAGCGUGGCCACCAAGACGUACCGGUUGGAGCGUCCCUUUAGGGGCAACGCACAUGUCGUGUACAAUGGAUCGUUUUACUACAACGAACGGAACUCGCCCCGGAUCAUCAAGUACGAUCUGAACGUGGAGCGGCAAACAGCGAUGAUCGAGCUGGAAGGCGUCACGACGAACGGUUCCAAUUAUCUCUACACCACGGAAAUUAAUUACAUGGACUUCAACGUGGACGAUAAUGGACUGUGGGUGAUCUACGGGACGCCCGAUUCGAACAACACAAUGGUUGUCAAGUUGAACGAAAACAACCUGACGGUGCAGUACGGGUGGAACAUUAGCGUAAAUCAUCACAAGGUGGGCGAGAUGUUCAUCGUGUGCGGUGUCCUGUACGCGAUCGAUUCCGUGACCGAGCGGAACACGAAGAUCCGGCUCGCCCUCGACCUCUACCACAGCAAGCUGCUGGACGUGAGCCUCGCCUUCACGAACCCGUUCCGCAAGACGACAACGGUGGGGUACAAUUUCAAAAACAAGGAGCUGUACACGUGGGACCGGGGCAAUCAGUUGACCUACCCGAUACGGUACCACGAGAUCGGCUACAACACAACCGCGACGGAGAAGGCGGACGAUGGGCUGAACCCGCAGAUGCAGACCGGAUACGACAUCUUCAGCGAUCACGAGACCGAGACGGAGGACGCACCGUAAGGCGUAAGGGUGAGUAGACGACGUGGGUUCCCCCUUUUUCCCGGCAGCCAUCGUCAAGCGGCCGUGCGCUGAAGGAACAUCUUCAAAACGUCGGCUCUUUUGCUGUGCUUUUGCUUCACCCCGGGGAGGUGUGGUCCCUCGGAGACGAUGGCUUUUCUUCGUUCUACAUCGACUUCGACUUUCACGUGGCAAAUUCUUCCUUCGCUACAGAAAGGGGGAGGUUUGAUCUGCAGGAAGUUAGCGGUGUGGCAGGAAAAGCGCAGGACCCUUGACGCAGGAUAGAGAGAGAGAGAGAGAGAGACCACACACCAUGUUUACAGAGAAACCGGAAAGGGAAUUGACAAGACAUAUUUUUAAAUGUUCGUAUACACGCAUACACUUAUAUACAGUGCCGGUGGAGGAAUAAAAAAUGCCGGUAGAUCGGUGAAAAAAGGAUAAAAAGGAUAACAAGAUCGGCAGAUCAAAGCGAUGAUGCAUUCAACAGUGCGCAAGAAGUAGCUGACAACACAAAAAAAAACAAAAACAACAUCAACCACAAAAAAAGCAAAAGGUGCGAUGAAAGAGAACUAGGACUUGAAGUUUUUUUCUAACAAACAGACAUGCUGAUGGAAUGACAUGCAAAUUGAUGCCAUGUAUUGAGGUAAUGCACGAGAAUGGUGUAAUAUAAAAAUUAUCAAAAAACAAACAAACAAUCAAACAAAAAGGAGUCACUUUAAACUCGCAA